GGCGUCCACGGUCGCGCCUUCUGGGCGAAGCCCCCGCUGAGAGCGCCGGCCUGGCAGCCUCGCUGGCCCUCCUCUCCCAGCUCUCAGGCUCCCAUCUUCCCGUCUCGAGGCCGCGUCCCUGCACCCCGUUUCCCCCCAGCACAGGCGGCCCCGAAGGCUGAGCGCCCCUGAGCAGGAUCUGCUCGGGAAUGCCUGCCGCGUCCAGCAGCGACCUCACGGUCGUCGUGUCCUAACCGGCCCCUUCCGAACCUCGUGGCAGACAGAGUUCCCGUCUCGGGUUGUUCCUGGCCUCGGGUUGACGGUGUGGGCGGCGCCGUACUUGCACACCCGUUCCGUGUACCCUGUCCUCCAGAUGAGGUCAGGUGCGGGGGAGUGCAGUGACUCGUCCAGGCCACGCCCUGGGAGUGACAAAGCCGCGUUCACCGCGCUUCGUCAGUGGCCUAGGGAGAAUCGGGAGGCCUGGUACAAGCUGAGGCGGGGACGUGCGCCUCCUUUUCCACGAAGCCUCCUUCAGUGGCUCACCGCACGGCCCGGGCUUGCUUUCCCACGCGGAGCUCCACUGUUUUCUUUCCAGCAGGGUGGAUGGGGAGCAUCACUGGCUGACAAGCUGGUCAGAAAAUGUGAUGUUCUGAAUCGUGGAUUUUCAGGCUACAAUACCAGAUGGGCCAAAAUCAUCCUUCCACGAUUAAUCAAAAAAGGGACCGGUUUGGACAGCCCAGUAGCAGUUACAGUUUUCUUCGGUGCCAAUGACAGUGCGCUGAAAGAUGAGAACCCCAAGCAGCACGUCCCCCUGGACGAGUACGUGGCGAAUUUAAAGAGCAUGGUGCGCUACCUCAAGUCCGUGGACGUCCCGGAGCACAGGAUCGUCCUCAUCUCGCCGCCCCCGCUCUGCGAGGCGGCCUGGGAGCGGGAGUGCCUCGCGCAAGGCUGCAAACUAAAUCGCCUGAACUUGGUCGUUGGUGAAUACGCGGGCGCCUGCCUGCAAGUGGCCCGGGACUGUGGGACUGAUGUGCUUGACCUGUGGACCCUGAUGCAGAAGGACGGUCAGGACUUCUCGUCCUUUCUGUCAGACGGACUGCACUUGUCCCCGGAGGGAAAUGAGUUUUUGUUCUCCCACCUUUGGCCUCUGAUCGAGAAGAAAGUCUCCUCCUUGCCUUUGCUGCUCCCUUACUGGCGAGACGUAGCAGAAGCCAAACCCGAACUAAGUCUUCUGGGAGACGGGGACCAUUAGCCACAGAAAACCCAAUCUGGCUGUUAACUUACAGACGAAGCUGCCAGUGUGACAAAGAUCCUGAGAUAAGCGAUCAGACCUUUGCUCACGACCUUGGAAUAAAAAACACCAUCUGCCACCGAGAUUAAUAAAAGCAUCAGAAUUUUUACAAAA